GCAUUUUGCAACUUUUUGUAGAAAUAGCGAUUUUGUAGGCUCAGAAUUAAAGUUCCGAACAGCAGUUUCACAAAUACCUGAUAAUCAGAAUAUUUUUAGUUCUGAACAAUAAUUCAAAGUGAGCAGACGUCGCUCUUCGUUCCUUCAAGUCUAAGUCAAUAGCCCGCAAAUCACCAUGUCCCUCCAAGAGCAAUUCGACACAGCCGCUGAGAACAUCAAGAAGCUGAAGUCCCGCCCCAGCGAUGCUGAUCUCCUCGAGAUCUACGCUCUGUUCAAACAGGGCACAGUCGGCGAUGCUAACCCAGCAGAUAAGCCCGGUAUGUUGGACCUGAAGGGUAAGGCCAAGUUCCAGGCCUGGAGCGGCAAGAAAGGCAUGUCGAAGGAGGACGCACAGAAGGCCUACAUCGCGAAGGCGCAGACCCUCAUCGACUCUCUCGGCCUACAAUAAACUCUACACGUUCCUUUAUAACAUGCAAUCGAAUAUUUAAAAAUACGUUAGUGUGUCAAAAUCAAGUUUUCGUAUACACACUCAUAAUGGCGGCAAAUCUAUGUUGUCCCUUGUCAAACAUGGCGGCAAGUCCGCUAUUGU